AUGGCUCAACAAGGGAUCAGUAUCGCCAUUUGCUCUAAUGCUAUGGGAAAAUCAAGAGCUGGUCAUAGUAUUGCUAUGAAGCUGGAAGCUGCGAAGCGACAUGGCUUUGACGGCAUCGAACUUGUCAUAGAAUGCCUCGAAAGCCAUUCCGAGUCUGAAAAGUUUGCCAGUCACAAGUCUCGUGCCGACCGUUUGCGCGCUGCGGCCCUGGACAUUCGCAAGAGCGCAAGUGCUCUAUCGUUGGACAUCGUUACGCUGAACCCCUUUGGAGCCUUCGAUGGGCUUGCGAAAGAGGAGGAUAUUGAGGUGCGCCUCCAAGAGGCCGAGCUUUGGCUCCAGAUCUAUCAGGUCUUACAGGCCCCGAUCCUUCAGCAGCAGGUUCGAGAUAUCCUUGGCCAUAUUGAUCUACCUAACGUUCGCCAUUAUAUCGACACCUUUCACAUUGCGGCUAAAGAAGCGGGAGACCCAUUCAAUUUAUCAUCGCCCGUCAAGGCUGAUAGUAUCGCCAGACUACGAAACAGCAUGGCAGAGUUCUCGCGGACGGUCAAAGUCAGUAAUAUCAGAUAUUUUCAGUUAAGUGACGCCACGGCCGCAGACAAGGAACAAAGAGGUUACCCGAUCCGAGACCUAAAGCAACCACCGUUCAUAACACAGUCCCGGAAUUGUCGAAUAUUCCCUUGUGAACAUAGAGUAUUGCCAGUCCUAGAAGUGGCCAAAACCGUGUUUGAGAUGGGGUACCGGGGCUAG